AUGGAAGAGAAAAAUGCAACGUUGCUGACAGAGUUUGUUCUCAUAGGAUUUUUAUAUCAACCAAAGUGGAAAAUACCCCUGUUCCUGGCAUUCUUGGUCAUAUAUCUCAUCACCAUCAUGGGGAAUCUUGGUCUGAUUGCUGUCAUCUGGAAAGUCCCUCACCUUCAUAUCCCAAUGUACUUACUCCUCGGGAAUUUAGCUUUCGUGGAUGCUUGGAUAUCAUCCACAGUGACCCCAAAGAUGCUGAUCAACAUCUUAGCUAAGAGCAAGAUGAUAUCUCUCUCCGAAUGCAAGAUACAAUUUUUUUUCUUUGCAAUCAGUAUAACCACAGAAUGUUUUCUCUUGGCAACAAUGGCAUAUGAUCGCUAUGUAGCCAUAUGCAAACCUUUACUUUAUCCAGUGAUUAUGACCAAUGGACUGUGCGUCCGGCUAUUAAUCUUGUCAUAUGUAGGUGGCCUUCUGCAUGCUUUAAUCCAUGAAGGAUUUUUAUUCAGAUUAACCUUCUGUAACUCCAACAUAGUAUAUCACAUUUACUGUGACAUUAUCCCAUUGUUUAAGAUUUCCUGUACUGAUUCUUCUAUUAAUUUUCUAAUGGUUUUUAUUUUUUCAGGUUCAAUUCAGGUAUUCAGCAUUGUGACUAUUCUUGUAUCAUAAUUUGUUCUCUUCACCGUUUUAAAAAGCAAAUCUGAUAAAGGUGUAAGGAAAGCCUUUUCCACCUGUGGAGCCCAUCUCUCCUCUGUCUCUUUAUACUAUGGCCCCCUUCUCUUCAUGUAUGUGGGCCCUGCAUCUCCACAAGCAGAUGAUCAAGAUAUGGUGGAGCCUCUGUUCUACACGGUCAUCAUUCCUUUGUUAAAUCCUAUCAUCUACAGUCUGAGAAAUAAGCAAGUCACAGAUUCGUUCGCAAAAAUGUUACAAAGAAAUGUUAAGGUUUCAUACUAA